AUGUUAUUGAUAAUUGAUCACGCCAAUCGGUCUUGCUUCAUUCUUUACAAUUACCAGAGGACAAGCUGCAUUAAUUACCUUCAACCCACCUUUUGCCUACACUCCUUCUUUCUUUCUUUUUUCUUUCUUCAAUCUUUAUAUUUCUUUGUUUUUCUUUACCGUUUUAAUAUUAUGGCUAUAUUUGUUUUCUUUUUUUCUUCUUUCUUUCUUUCUUUCUUUCUUUCGUUUGUUCUUCCUUUCUUUCUGCACCCUUUGGAAUUCUUUCUUUUUCUCUUUCUUUAUUUUUUUUUUAACUUGUAUUUUUUGAUGAUCUUUCUUUCUAUCUUUCUUUUUUCUUCAUCCUUUUUUCAUCAUUGUUUUUCUCUAUCUAUAAUCUUUCUUUCCUUUCUUUCUUUUUUGGUUUCUUUCUUUCUUUCUCCAUCCUUUGACAUUCUUUCUAUUUUUUUUUAUCUAUCUAUAAUCUUUCUUUCUUGGUUUCUUUCUUUUUUUCUUUCCUUCUUUCUUUCUCAAUUUGCUUCUGACUUUACCCGCACCUCUUCGAUCUUUUCUUUCUUUCUUUCUUUCUUUCUUUCUUUCUUUCUUUCUUUCUUUCUAUAA